ACCACAAUCGGCAGCAGAAAAUAAUAAAUCUCAACAUGCUCUCACUCUCCAAUCCCUAAUUCUAAAUCCCCUUUUGCUUCAUGGCAACGACGUCGUUUUUGGACCUCAGUCGCGGCAGGCCACUCCCCCCUUCUCUCUCCUCUCUCUCCUCCGCUUGUCCCUGCCGUCCCUCCGCCGUUACUCUCCCUCCUUCACGCGCCAAAUUGGGCGGUCGUCUUGAUUUCUCUAUCGAUGCAACUAGGCCUGUUUUUGGGCUCGGCCCAAUUAGAGGCUUGGGCCGCCGUCGCCGCCGCCUAAUCGCCGCCGUGGCUCGGGCCGAGCCGGACCAUCUUGGCGACGGCAAUGCCAACAGGUACUUGGAGGAAGUCCAGAAAGGCCAUGAAUUGUCAAAUAGUGAAGAUGCUGUCUCAGAGAAGCAAGAGAAGGCGAGUCAAUUGAAAAAAAGGAUUGUUUUUGGACUUGGUAUCGGACUGUCUAUUGGAGUUGUUGUAUUGGCUGGAGGAUGGAUAUUCACGACAGUAGUGGCCGCCGCUGUAUUUGUUGGUGCACGUGAGUAUUUUGAAUUGGUCAGGAGUCGUGGAAUUACUGCAGGAAUGACACCUCCACCUAGAUACGUUUCACGAGUUUGCUCAGUUAUUUGUGCUCUCAUGCCCUUGCUUACCUUGUAUCGUGGUCAGAUUGAUGUUUCUGUGACAUCUGCUGCCUUUUUUGUUGCUAUGGCAUUGCAUUUACAGAGAGGGAAUCCUCGCUUUGCACAGCUCAGUAGCACUUUGUUUGGGUUAUUUUACUGUGGAUAUCUUCCCUGCUUUUGGGUUAAGCUUCGAUGUGGUUUAGCUGCCCCAGCCUUAAACACUGGAAUCGGAACAUCAUGGCCCAUCCUUCUUGGUGGACAAGCUCAGUGGACUGUUGGUCUUGUUGCAACCUUGAUUUCAUUCAGCAGCAUUAUUGCAGCAGACACUUAUGCUUUUAUGGGUGGCAAGGCUUUUGGUAGGACGCCACUUACUAGUGUUAGUCCAAAGAAGACAUGGGAAGGUACAAUUGCAGGCUUAUGUGGUUGUAUUGCCACUACUAUAGUACUAUCAAAGAUUUUUUGCUGGCCAAAAUCUUUGCUGAGUGCUAUAGCUUUUGGGAUUCUGAACUUCUUUGGGUCUGUCUUUGGUGAUCUCACUGAAUCAAUGAUCAAACGUGAUGCGGGGGUAAAGGACUCUGGAUCUCUGAUACCAGGACAUGGUGGAAUACUGGACAGAGUGGACAGUUACAUAUUCACUGGUGCACUUGCAUACUCUUUUGUCAAAACCUUCUUGCCACUAUAUGGAGUUUGAUGUGCGUUAAUGAGAUUACAGAAGGUAAUUAUGGUCAUUACAAAGUGAAUUUGCCAAGGAGACGCGUGAAUUCACAUGAUCAGCUGCAACAUUGUUGGAAAGGCAGGCACUUACGUUUUACUGAUGUCAGAGAUAGUCAGAGAUGCAAUUCCUUGAGACUUUCUUUUUAAUUUAACCUACUAAAUGCAAGCUAGAGACGGUGCCCCUCAACCGUAAUGAGCUUGAGGCUUCAUUCCCUGACUCACCAGGUACUGAUACACUUAUUCAAGAGAUAUACUUGCUUUACACUGUUUCUUGGUGAGCACUUCAAACUAGCUAUGCAUAGUAGAGCAACUUUGGUGAUCAAUUGUCUGCAGUAAAACUGCUUUGAGCCAUUAUCACUAGUUUUCUCCCUAUGCUCUUUUCUACGCUUAGUGUUAUCAUGUCUUUAUAUCCAUAUUUGUCGGAUGACGCCAACCCCUGCUUGUGAAUAAUAUAAUGGUGGGGAAUUAUUACUAUCUCUAUUUGAAGCAUCUGCAGUCUGCUGUUGUAAUAAACAAUAAGUAAAUCGUUCAAUUGUUAAAUUAGUGGCAUCAUUCUUUGGGAACAUAUUUCCUCUGGUUACAGACGCUUCUUUUUUGUGGUUCUUUUCUUCAAUAGAUAUACUGUGUAAAAAACUUUCUGAUUGGUAAUGGAAGUUGAGUUCUAAUUCUUUUAAUG